AUGGCAAACAACUACGAAAACCCAGAGGCACAGGCUGCUACCGCUACCGCCAUGCAGACCAUCACGGUUGGACUGGUCAAUCAGGUUCUCGCCGAGAACCCCAAGCUGGCGCCUCUCGCAGGCCCAGUCACCGAGACCACUCAGGUGGUCGAGAUGGCCACGGCCUUGGCUACGGCCAUACGCCGGGCUAUCCACGCCCACAAGCAUGCCGAAGGCAUGGCAUUUGCCAUCGCCAACGAGUGUGUCGCUGAAGCGAAGCACCAGGUGCGCGCCGCGCUUCGUGCCGCCGCAGAGGCUGCUCCCAAGGUCGUGUUGGAGGAAGAUACCGAGGCAGAGUCGCUAGAUCUACUCGAGGCAGUUCUUGAGGAUGUCUUUGCCGAUGAGGCACUCAAUCUGGUUGAGAAGAAGGAUUAG